AGAUGAAGGCGCAGAAACACAGACAGACUCUCAGAUCAUCAGCAGGUGGUGCUCCACAUAUCUCAGACAUGAGGAUUGUACUGAUGGGAAGCAGAAAGGUGGGGAAGAGUUCAUCAGGAAACACCAUCCUGGGAAGAGAGGAGUUUGAUACCUCAGGAGAAACAGCUGAGUGUGUGAAGAGAGAGGGAGAAACAGCAGGGAGACACAUCACUGUAGUGGAGGCACCCGGAUGGAUUCACAAUUCCUCUGUAGUGUACACUCCUGAACGUGAUAAACAAGAGAUUGUCCUCAGUGUGUCUCUGUGUCCUCCAGGACCCCAUGCUGUACUGCUGGUCAUUGAUGUGAUUUGGCCAUUCACAGAGACAGACAGAAGAGCAGUGCAGGGACACCUGGAGCUUCUGGGUGAGAGAGUCUGGAGUCACACUAUAGUGCUGUUCACCUGGGGGGACCGGCUGGGAAACACAACCAUUGAGCAGCACAUCGAGAGAGAAGGAAAGGCUCUGCAGUGGGUUGUAGAGAAAUGUGGGAACAGGUAUCAUGUUGUAGAGAAUAACAAGAGCGAUGGUGGCCAGGUGACAGAGCUGCUGGAGAAGAUAGAAGAGAUGGUGGCAAGAAACAGAGGCCAUCACUUUGACUUUAAUGGAAAGACUAUGAAAGAACUGAUGAUGAUGAAGAAGGAGGACGAGAGAAGAGCAGAGGAGAGGAAGAGGAAGGUGCAGAAGCACAGAGAGACUCUCAGAUCAUCAGGUGGUGCUCCACAUAUCUCAGACAUGAGGAUUGUACUGAUGGGAUACAGAUGGGCUGGGAAGAGUUCAGCAGGAAACAUCAUCCUGGGAAGAGAGGAGUUUGAUACCUCAGGAGAAACAGCUGAGUGUGUGAAGAGAGAGGGAGAAACAGCAGGGAGACACAUCACUGUAGUGGAGGCACCCGGAUGGAUUCGCAAUUUCUCUGUAGCGCUCACUUCUGAACGUGCUAAAAAAGAGAUUGUCCUCAGUGUGUCUCUGUGUCCUCCAGGACCCCAUGCUGUACUGCUGGUCAUUAAUGUGAAUGGGUCAUUCACAGAGACAGACAGAAGAGCAGCGCAGGAACACCUGGAGCUUCUGGGUGAGAGAGUCUGGAGUAACACCAUAGUGCUGUUCACCGGUGGGGAUGGGCUGAGAAACACAACCAUUGAGCAGCACAUCGAGAGAGAAGGAAAAGAUCUGCAGUGGGUUGUAGAGAAAUGUGGGAACAGGUAUCAUGUUGUAGGGAAUAAGAAGAGUGAUGGUGGCCAGGUGACAGAGCUGCUGGAGAAGAUAGAAGAGAUGGUGGCAGGAAACAGUGGAGGGUGGAGUAUGGAUUACCCUCCUAAAUUUAGAGAAGGCCUACCUGAUGACUUCUCAGGGGGAGAUACUGGAUAUUACUCUGCUCAAUCAGGACUUGAAUCUGAGCUCAUAAAGCCCUUUAAGCAGCUGAGUGCUGCUGCCUCUGUUCAAAGUUCUGGACAACAGAAGCCUCCCUUGAGACCAGCACAUAGAAAAGCACCAUGUGCUGAGGGGAAUGGUUAGUGUAAAGUAUUUUUUCUUUUCCCAAGUUAACUUCCUGUUGAAGUAUCCUCAUACAUUGUUUCAUUAACAAAUACAAAUCAGUAAAACUCAGUUGCUCAAAUCAAGCUCUCAUAAAAUGAUUAAUUACACAUGAACACAUAAAAUAUGUAAUGCAAAUGCAGUUGUAAGUGGUACAGUACAUAUGUUCGAUGUAUAAUCCUUUGUAUGAUGUCAUGUACCCCUUUCUUUUAGUCUUUGAAAGAAAAGUUCCAUUUGUGGAUGAGUCGACAAUAACUGUAAAUUAUGAUGAACGCAUCGGACGUGGCUCCUAUGGAACAGUUUACAGAGGAUCAUACCAGGGAACUCCUGCUGCUGUAAAGAUGAUAGAAAUAGAAGACAAUCCAGUGACUACAAAUGAACUCAUUAUACCUUGGCGUUUGUCUCACCCCAACAUCGUUCGGAUGAUUGCUGUAGCCAGAAGUGAGACACACGUCCUCAUUGCUAAUGAGUAUAUACAUGGAGCCAACUUGCAGGAGGUUCUUCACAAAGACACUCCCAUCAAGUUGCAGGACGAGGAUAAGCUGUUUGUGGCUUUAGAUAUUGCCAUGGCUGUUGAGUACAUACAUGGAAAAACAAUCAUCCACCAAGAUCUGAAGCCAGCAAAUAUAAUGAUUGCAGCAGACAACACAAAGGCCUACCUGACUGAUUGGGGCUUGGCGAACCUGAAGGAAACGGUGUCGAUGACGAGAAAAGACCGAUCAGGGGCUCUCUGUGGCCCAAUGGGAGGAACUCCACGCUACAUGGCCCCAGAAUGCCUCGUAGAGUGUAAGAAAUGCAGCACCAUGUCAGACAUGUGGUCUCUUGGCAUCACUCUUCUGGAGAUGUUCACCAACUCUCAGGCCUGGUCUUACAGUAGACCGCAAGAGCUGCGUGAGCUUCUUUAUAAAAAAAAACCUCCUGUUGCUCUGACUAGAUUACAGCCUGCUCUUCAUGACAUUGUGAAACCAUUGAUAAAAUAUGAACCCAAGUCUCGCAUGAAUGCCAAAGACCUGGUGAUACUGUUGAAGUCAAAAGUUGAUCUCACUCAAAGAUACGGGUACAAAUGGUAGGAAGACAGUAGUGAAAGAUCAAGAGAAGUUUAAAUAUAUAAAGGGAAUAUUUCCUUGAAUUUGUCAAAAUUGUGUCUGUGAAAUAGUCCACUCUUUGUGAGUGUUCUGGGCUCUGUUAAUGGUGAAUAAUACAAAUGUCACCAUUCAGUAAAACCAAACCAAGCAGAGCAUGGAGAACAAUGAGGACAAUCAAAUGCCACACAGUCAAUCAUGAUUUGUAGCCAUGGCAACACCCAGACAGGGAAAGGACUUGGUUGUGUGUGUUUGACAGGUUUUGGCACAGCAGACCUCUAAGAAAAAAGAUGAUUCCAAUUUAUAUAUCAGCUGUUCACAGUCUGAGCACUGAAAGGGCUUCUCAGGUUGUGUCAUACUAUUUUGUAUAAUCAUAGACAUAGAUAGAGUAGUAUAUAUAUAUAUUUAACAUGAUGUCUUUCAGCCAUUUUUCCUAUACAAUUAUGA